AUGGCAAUCCCUCCCUCUGUCCAACGUCUGAACCAGACUCUCGCUCACCUUCAUCCCGCUGCUGCGCCGCUGCACCUGUCGAUCGUUGCCGGUCCGACUCAUCCCAAGCUACUCGACAUCACCCUCGGUGAAUUGUUGACCAUUCAGGCCCUACACUAUGCUGACUAUGAAUGUCUGGUCUUUCCCUGGACUGGAGCUCGCUGGACCUAUGCUCAGCUAAAGGAUGAGGCCGAUCGCCUUGCCCGCGGCAUGCUAGCCAUGGGAAUUCAAAAGGGCGAUCGUGUGGGUGUGAUGGCUGGCAAUUGCGAGCAGUACAUCUCCGUCUUCUUCGCCGCAGCUCGCGUGGGCGCCAUUCUGGUGGUUCUCAACAACACCUACACUCCCUCCGAGCUGUCCUAUGCUCUGAAUCACUCUGGUUGCCGUCUUCUCUUCAUGACCCCCCAAAUCGGCCGCCACAACCUCGAAGAAGUCCUGAUUGAACUCGGCCCGACCCCGAAGCAAAAUGGAACCUCGGACUUCCUCGACGAGAUUGUCAUCCUGCGCGGAGACUACAAAGACUUCCCCACCUACGUCGAUGUCAUUCAACGCGGCGUUUCACAGCCUGCUCAUCUUCUUCAAGAUCGCGAGGCCGCACUUCGCCCCGACGAUGUCUGCAAUCUGCAAUUCACGAGUGGUUCGACUGGAAACCCCAAGGCCGCCAUGUUGACCCAUCACAACUUGGUCAACAACUCCCGCUUCAUUGGUGAUCGCAUGAAUCUGUCCUCUUUCGAUAUCCUUUGCUGCCCCCCACCGCUCUUCCACUGCUUCGGUCUAGUUCUCGGCAUGUUGGCCGUCGUCACUCACGGAUCCAAGAUCAUCUUUCCCAGUGAAACCUUCGACCCCAAGGCUGUCCUGCAUGCCAUCUCCGACGAGAAGUGCACAGCCCUGCAUGGUGUUCCAACCAUGUUCGAAGCCAUCCUAAGUAUUCCCAAGCCCGCUAACUUUGAUACCUCGAAUCUGCGUACAGGAAUUAUUGCCGGGGCUCCGGUCCCGCGUCCCCUAAUGAAGCGCUUGCUGGAAGAAUUGAACAUGACCGAGUACACUAGCAGUUAUGGUCUCACCGAGGCAUCCCCGACCUGCUUCAAUGCCUUCACCACCGACAGUAUUCACACCCGACUCACCACGGUCGGAAAGGUUUUGCCCCACGCCCGGGCCAAGAUUGUUGAUGCCCAGGGAAACAUUGUUCCCGUUGGCCAGCGAGGUGAACUCUGUAUGGCAGGGUAUCAGCUCACCAAGGGCUACUGGAAUAAUCCAAAGAAGACGGCCGAGACCCUUGUCACCGAUGCCGAGGGCGUCACUUGGUUGAAGACUGGUGACGAAGCCUCUUUCAACGAGCACGGCUACUGCACAAUCACUGGCCGAUUCAAGGAUAUCAUCAUCCGCGGCGGCGAAAACAUCUACCCUCUCGAGAUUGAAGAGCGACUUGCCGCCCAUCCCAACAUCGAACUGGCUUCUGUCAUCGGCAUCACCGACCAGAAAUACGGAGAAGUGGUGGCCCGACCGGCCGAUGACGAUCUGCGUGCCUGGACCCGAGAGACUCUUGGUCGACACAAGGCGCCGCAGCAUGUGUUUGUGUUUGGCGAAGAGGGAGUGCCCAACACUGUCCCCAUAACUGGCAGUGGAAAAGUUCGCAAGGUCGAGCUUCGCGAUAUGGCAACUGUCGCCCUCACCCAGCGGGCCUAA